UGCAACGCGCUGCUUUUGGUACACAAGAUACUGCUCGGCGUUUACGAGCCGAGUUUGAUUCUGGAGUAUGGGAGGUGUGUGAGUUUUUUCCCCCCAUUCAGUCAACGUGUAGCCGAGCCAGGGCUGUGGUUUCCAGGUUCGACAUCCUGGCCGCCACUACGUAUCUGAUGUGGCUUCUGUGUGUUUAACUUUUAAACAAACCAGGAUGUUGAUAUCUCCCUGCUGUCCAAACUUGAAGUGCGGGUGGGGACAGGUGGAUCGGACUGAGGUCUGCCUGGAUGACAGAACAGACGUGUGUGAUCACACUGCUGGUCGAUACGGGAGGAUAAGCGACUCGGGAGAUCACUCGGUGCUGAUGGAUAUUAACCAGCUUGUGGAGCAGUAUGAUUCCAUGCGGCAGAGGCAGAAGGAACAGACCCAUGUUGUCUUCGGUUCAGGUGUAAGUAAACAAGCCAGAAGAGAAUUGUUCAAUCUACCUAUCAAAACUGUGCCUGUCAACUGCCCAGUCAAUAAACCUCCAGCACUUGAAGAAGACCUUCCCGUCAACAAUAUCAUGCUUGCCUUUCCAAAUAAAGACUAUAUCCGGGAUAGUGAAACACCAUGGCACAUUCAUCUAGAUAUUCACCGUGUGCUACUGGCUCAGAAAAUGGGGCAAAAGAGUCAGGUGAAGGAAGACGAGAGGUCAGAUGUUCAAAACCCCCAAUUACCUGUGGUGAACAGAGGCAUUUCAGUUGGUGAGGGUGACACAUCAGAUGACGACCAAAAAUCCAAUGGUGAUGCCACAACGGUUUCCACCUGCAAAGCCGAUGAGUUAAAGAAGACAUUCCAUUCAUUCAACAUCUAUAAUCACUAUAUCCCACAGAUCAACAAAAGGUUUUCAUUUCCAAAUGAGAGGUCAAACAUAUGGGCAAGCAAAAAUGGUCACGUAACCAGAAUAUCACCGAUCACAAAAGGGGAUUAUUACCCAUUCCCUCACAUGAAAACUCCUAGGAAAUCUGACACCGCCAAGGGCCUUGGUUUAUACAAUAAGUAUUAAAAUAUUUCCAACUACGGUUCCCUCAGAAAUGCAAAAUACAAAUGAAAACAACAUCUGCUCCUUUCCAAGAACUUAAUUUUGUUGUUUCUCUUUCUUUAGAAACUUCAUGGAAUCAAUUUAUUUAAAAAAUGAAAUAGCUCUUUAAGAUAGGCUACUAAGUAAACAAAGUCAAUCUCUGGGACAGUGGUGCCGGGACAGGCAACACAUUGCGGGGUUACUUCCCUUGAUCAUAAACCUCAUAAACCAGACCUGUGUGGUAGUGGAGUCCAAAGAAUUUCAAAAAGUCCAUGAGUGGGUCAGUAGUUUUAUUUUAAAAGUGUCAUUAUAAUUUAUGUAAAUUAUGUAAUAAAAUAAACAUUAACUGU